UGCCUUUGUAGUCGGGGAGGAAUGCGGAAAUGUUGAAGCACUAUGUCAAACUUUUUUGAAACGGGGUCAAGUCACAUUCAGCCAGCGUGGGAAACCGAGGGGGAGAAGGGGAGAAAGGGAAGAGAGAGAGGAAAAGAGAGAGAGGGAGAGUGGAGGCGAGUUUGGAGAGGGGGGAGAGAAAAAGAAAAGAAAACUCUUCUGCUCCCAGACUGAGCCACAGAAAGAGAGAGAGAGAGAGAGAGAGGAACGGGAACUUUUUUCACAGGCAGGAAGAGUGUCCGUGGGUAGAGUUUGUGAAGGCUUUGAUCAGAGUUAUUACAACCCCCCCCCCUUUUUUUUUUUCCUCUAAGGGAGGAGGAAGAGGAGGAGGAGGGAGGUUUGCGAGAUCCUCUCCUUGCAUGAAGAAGAGAAGGAGAAGGAGGAAGAAGGAGAAGGUGCCGUUUUGCUCUUCCCGAGUUUGCCAGGAAGAUGCGGGUUGAGGAGGAGGAGGCGCUCCGGUGCUGGCGGCUACCUGUGUGGCCCAGGCCGGGUCUGCGGGGAGCCCCAAACCGGAGCAGCACCAUGUGAACCUCCCUCCUCCUCCUCCUCCUCCUCCCCUUGACCCAUCUGCAUUGGAUGGGCAGCCAGAUCUUAGGACUUCCCAGAGAGAGAGAGGAAGCAAGCUGUCCUUUCCUUCCUUCCAUCCCUCCUUCCUUCCUUCCUCCCACCCCCCUGCUUAUUCCUCUUUUAAUAGUAUAGGAGAAGGGGGGGGUCCCUUUUAUUGCUCUCUCCAAAGACCCCCGUUUGGCUCUGAAGACUGAGGCACCCCUCCGAGAGGAGCACCCGCACCAACACCAGCAGAAGCGCACGCCAGUCCUUUAGAUUUAAUCAGCUUUACAGAGACAAUGAUCCCAAAGACUAUGAGGUAACUGCCACUGGGCAAGCAAAAGGCGGACUGGGGCCAUUAUUCUAAUUCCAGAAGGGUGGAAGAAAUUGUCCUGCUGGCUGGCCCAUCUGUUCAAACCUCUGGAAAUAGUGUUCAGGAGGAGCAAAGGGCUGUUUUCCACUGGGAACCAGGACACGCUGGGAGCCAGGACAACAUCCACAGCACCUGCCAAGUUGCAGAAGGAACUGGGGGAAAAAAGAAAGUAGGAAGAGCCAUGGAUAAGGACAGCAUGGCCCUCGCAGACCAACAAUAUGAAUGUGUGGCCGAGAUUGGUGAAGGAGCCUAUGGAAAGGUGUUUAAGGCCCGGGACUUGAAGAACGGCGGACGCUUUGUGGCCUUGAAGAGGGUUCGGGUGCAAACAAGUGAGGAGGGAAUGCCGCUUUCCACCAUACGGGAGGUGGCUGUCUUGAGGCAUCUGGAGACCUUUGAGCACCCCAACGUGGUCAGGUUGUUUGAUGUAUGUACAGUGUCCCGAACAGAAAGAGAGACGAAGUUAACAUUGGUGUUUGAACAUGUUGAUCAAGAUUUGACCACUUACUUGAAUAAAGUACCAGAGCCUGGAGUUCCUAGCGAAACUAUAAAGGACAUGAUGUUUCAGCUGCUGCGAGGGCUUGAUUUUCUGCACUCCCAUAGAGUCGUCCACCGUGAUCUGAAACCACAAAAUAUUUUAGUAACCAGCAAUGGGCAGAUAAAAUUAGCUGACUUUGGCCUUGCACGGAUCUACAGUUUUCAAAUGGCCCUUACCUCAGUGGUUGUCACUCUAUGGUACAGAGCUCCAGAGGUUUUGCUUCAGUCUAGUUAUGCCACACCAGUAGAUCUUUGGAGUGUUGGCUGUAUAUUUGCAGAAAUGUUCCGUAGAAGGGCACUUUUUCGUGGAAACUCAGAUGUUGAUCAACUAGGAAAAAUAUUUGAUGUAAUUGGGCUUCCUGAUGAAGAGGACUGGCCAAGUGACGUUGCUCUCCCAAGGAAUGCUUUCACUUCUCGGACUCUUCAGCCUAUUGAACGUUUUGUAACAGAUAUUGAUGAACUAGGCAAAGACUUCCUACUUAAAUGCUUGACAUUCAAUCCCACAAAGAGAAUAUCAGCUUAUGAUGCCUUAUCUCACUCUUAUUUUCAUGAUCUGGAGAGAUGCAAGGAGAAUAUGGAUUCAGAUAUGUCAUCCAGUCAGAACUCCACUGAGAUGAAUACACCAUAAGGCUGCUUCUGGCUUAACCUAUAGAUGAGCAAAACAGCCAACGUAUUAAAGUCAUCGCCGAGGGUAAUUUAAAAAAACACCACUGUUUAAUUGAUGGUUAUUCUUUGGAGUGUCUCGUAUCGUCUGUGUACAUCUACAGAGCAAUCUUCUCCAAGGACAAGAACCUAGUUACCUUCAAAGCAAUGCAAGAGGCAAGAUGUCAGAUGGUUCCCACUGUGACUUGGUGUUUGUUUAGUUCUAUCUAGAGAACUUCAAGUGCUGCUGACCGGUUUUGCUGCCAUUUUCUUCCGCUUAGGGCAAAGGGUGCCGCCAUGGAUUACAGCAAUCCAUUCUCGCUACCAAAACAUGACUUAACUUCUGUCUCUAGGUGCUGAAGUCUGGUUUGGUAUUUCUUCGGAGUUAGGCUGAUAAGAUUGCCUGUUUAUUUGCUUAAUGUGAUUUCAGGAAAAAAAUUCUUAAAGCAAUAUUUAAAAGAAUGACACUGAAAACACUGAACCUCUGUAGCCUGCAGUUAAAGCAAAGUGUGUACAAACGCAUCUGGUGAUUGUAAUCACACAGGAAUGCCCUUCCCAAUAGGAAACAUGAGAUGAUAAUUGCAGCAUUUCAUUGCUCAUCAUCAUAAGAUUGCACUCAUGUUCCUUAGAGAAUGAUAUAUAUUUAGACUCCUAUGAUACCUAGCAGAAAAAGGUUUUGUUUUUGUUUGUUUUUUUGUGUGUGUCAGGAGCGACUUGAGAAACUGCAAGUCACUUCUGGUGUGAGAGAAUGGGCCGUAUACAAGGACAUUGCCCAGGGGACGCCCGGAUGUUUUGAUGUUUACCAUCCUUGUGGGAAGCUUCUCUCAUGUCCCCACAUGGGGAGGUGGAACUGACAAAGGGAGCUCAUCCGUACUCUCCCCGGAUUCGAACCUCCAACCUGUUGGUCUUCAGUCCUGCCGGCACAAGGGUCACCGGGGGCAAUGAGAAAGAAUUAAAAUCAAAUGUUUCUUUCGUAUAACUUCCAUAUAAUUUCCAAUGAGUCAUGAACACUUGUUUUUAAUCAACGUGCCCUCCUGUAUCCAUGUACCUAGGAGUAAGCCUCACUCACCUGCUUCUAAAUAGUCCAUAUAGAAUUUCACUGCCAGGCCGCAAUCUUAUGUAGUUUUUCUGUGAGCAAGCUAUAGUGAAAACAGUAGGCUGGGCCAUAUUUAGCCAUAGCACAGCAAUAGAUUUUAAUGACUCUCCUGUAAAUAUUCCUAAAUCUGGAUGCAGUCCAGUGAGGCUUACUUCUGAAUAAACAAGGAUAAGAUUAUGCUAUAAGGAAGGAAGUCUUCUUUGCUGCCAUAUAUCCUGUGUGCCAUGCCUAUAAAAAACCUCAGGUAUGGACAGCUAAUUGUCACCAAGCCAACCUUGGCAAGAUAUUUCUUAUAAUCAGAUCUCAUAUUUUUAUGUGUCAUAAUGUAUGAGUUACCCUCGUGUAACACUGCCACUUAAGACUGAUUAUUUUGUUUAUGCUGUCUCUUUUAGAGUUGCUACAAUUGGAAGUAAUCUUUGAUCAAUAAUUUACCUAACUGUCUUAGCACAACUAUUUUAAUUUUGCAUUAAAUUGUGUACAUAUUUUAGUUAAAGGGGUUCUUUAAAAAAAAGAAGAAUUAGAAUUUUUAAAAGAAAUUUUUAUUUUUGUAGUACAAGUUAAUGAAAUAUUUUUUAAUCUUCUGAAAGAAAAAUUAUGCAUGUAACCACAGGUUGCGCUGCAGUGACCUAGAUGUAGUUCUGGAGAAAACUGUCCCAGUGUUUUCAUAACUGCAACAACCUCGGUCAUAACAAAAGAGUAGGUGCUAUUGGAAUUCUUUGAUGGCUAGUACAAUACGACUGAUAUCCAUGGGGAGUACAUUCCCCGGCUUCAUGUGGACAUGUAAAAAUGCAGAUAAUAAUAAAACCUAAUGAAAUAAAGGACUUCCUGCCCAUGAAUACCAUAAGGUUGCACUGGAGGACCUAGAAAAUACCUAGAGAUGACAUAUUUUGUUGGAGGAUAAAUGAAACUGCAAAUAUUGGUCCUGCAGAUAUGGGAGUCAUACUGUACUAUUAGCACCCCACUAUCAUAUUUGUUCUUUCUGUUGAGCAAGAAAUGGGGGGAUUGUGGCUCUCUCAACAUACAACACCAGUGGUGCCUUACCAUUGGUUAUACUUGUUUGGGGCUUUUGGAAAUGGAAGUCCAAAACAUUGGGAAGGCUGAAGGUUCCUUGUCCUUGUAUAAUCCCAUUGUACUCCUUUCAGCUUAUAGAGCUGUAUUAGCCCUUCUCUUUUUUUCUUUCAUGUCCGCUCCUGGAAGUCAUAUUGAAUAUUUUCUUUCCUUCGGGUUUCCCAUGGCAAAGUCAUAUGUAGCCCAUGUGAUUGAGGGAUUUAGGUGUGCAAAAUGUCUACAUUACAACAGAUUUAGUUUUCUCCAAAUGCUACUUCUCAAUACUUUUGCACCAAAGUAUGGAAAAACAAAUGAUGUUGUCUUAGCACAAUGUGAUGUGAUCUUAGCAUCAUACAGCUAACAUGCUAAAACUAAUGUGUGUUGUCUGUGAGGACAGCUAUGCUGCUGGAGCAAUUCUGAUCCCUAAAGUUCAUUGCAGAGGUAAGAAGAGAAUUGUGACAUAUACAAGGGUUGUAUGAAAAGUAAUGCGUCCACCUUCGUUACUUGGGUUUGGAUGGGAAUAUUUUGAUAAAUCAAAUGCAGACAUAAUCCUUAGAAUGUGCUCUUUACCACUAGUCACUUUUCCACAUAAUCACCAGACAAUUGGAUACAUUUCUGCCAACACGUUUUCUGAAGCCGUCACAGAAGAAGUUGACACUCUGUUUCCGCAACCAGCGUCUCACAGUUUUCUCAUCCUGGAUACCUAUCGUGCACAGAUAUUCCAAUAGCCAAGCAAAGCAAUAAUGUGACCCACAUGUUCUUGUGAAUUGCUGAUUAUGCUUGAAAUUUCUCUCUGAGUGAUACGACAAUUGUCCUGAAUCAAUCUGUCAAACUUUUGCUUGUGAAAUUUGGUGGUUGCUGUCAUAGGACAUCCAACUCUUUGUUUGUCAUGCAAGUCAGAUGUUCCCACCUCAACAUCUUUAAACUUACUCGCCCAAUGACACACAGUACUCACUUCAACACAAUCACCAUAAACCGCUUGCAUUCUCUUAAUAAUCUCCUUUGGGGUGACACCUUCUGCUGUCAAGAAUACAAUGACUGCACGUUGCUUAAGUUGCAUUGAUCGACUGUCUGCGCAGGAUUCCAUACUUCACACUUUAACAACACAACUGUUCAAUGCUAAGACUUUCUGCCAAAAUGGAACUGUAGAGAAGAGUCUACUGUACAAGCCAGUACCUGCCGCAUACCAGUACUGCCAUCUGUUGAGGAAUUACGAAGGUGGAGGCAUUACUUUUCAUUCAACCCACGUACAUAGAUGCCUAGAGUGGUUUGAAAACCUUCCUGAUUUUGCCUAUAUCUUACUACCAUGAUAAUUAGAGUUUCAAAAGAUUGCUUUUUUGGACUGGCCAUGGUGGUAUGGAAAUUUCGGGGAGUAAAUCCCAAAAUGUUGGGUUUUCUCAACUCAGCUGUUUAAGCAACCCAAGUGUGCAAUUUGAGGUGGGCAUCCAAGGAUAUCCAUUGAUGGGGAAUUGCUAUACCGUGCAAUGACACAGGUGUAGGGAGGGACUGUAGUGAGAAAUAUGGGAUUGUCAGUGAUACACAGGAGCUGGGGAAGGGAACCUUGCAAUUGGGAGAGGUCAAAUCUUGCAUUUGGGAAAGUCAGACUGUCCUGAUAGUCCCCUUUAUUGGGUAAUCCUUUAUGCAGUGACCAUCCUUUUCCCCAGUGUAAGGUAUUACCUUGAGGUCUGCCUCAUGCAUAGCGUAAAACAGCUGCUUGUGCUACAAAAAGGCAUUGUGUUGUCCUGCUUGGUACCCAAAUCAUUGUUGCUAUUAUUACUUUUGGCUAGGAUGUAUCAAUAUCUGUUUUUAUGUAGUGUAUGUAUUAUUCUGCUUCUCCUGGUUCAUGUAAAAAAUAGAUUAAUAUUCCCUUGUGCUAAGGACAGAAUUCUUGGCUUCUGGAAGCUAUGCCUGCUUAGAAAUGUAAAUAAUCUAGAAAUGCAUUCAGUCAAAUAAUGUAAGGGCUAGUAAUUAUGAUUUUAGAAGCUUUGAAAUGUUACUCAAUGUGUAUAGAAAGUAUUAUUGGUCAAAAUUUUCACAUUAUGUUUGAAAAGGAUAUGCAAGUGAACUGUUUAUUUUCUAGAUGAAAAUGAGUAGAACCGAGGUUCCUUCUAUGGAAUCUACUUUUUGAAAUCUUUUUAGCUAUUAUUCCUUAUUUCUUCUGAGUUAUGGGUGAGAUUUGCUAUUAUGGCAUAUGGGUUGGACGUUUUCUGCCUUGUGUCCUGUCAGAAUAGAUGGGUUUGUAUUUUGUGAGCUUUGACAGAAAUAUUAAGUGACUUUCGCUAUUCCGUUUACUCAAGACAUAAUUUUAGGUUCAGAAUACGAGGAUUAUAACAUAGAGGUAAUACAUAAGGGAUACAGAAUACAAACAAUUGAAGCUCAGUGCUUCCAAAGCCAGUGUGCAUCCUCCAGAGAUGUUGUAAUAAAGUACUACUGAAAUUAGUCAAAAUUUAGCUUAAGUGCAGGCCUUGGGACCAUCCCAGAUUUGCUUUGCUCCCAACCCACUGGGGUUCCUCAGGUUUUGCUAAUAUUUAUAUAGCAACUCCCCCACAACUCUAAAAUGUUGACAGUUCUUCUCUAAGGCUUAGUUACUAGCAAUAACAGCUUCAAGCUAAAAUAUCCCACUGGUUUUUGCUUUCAUCCCUUUUUGCUUUGCUCCUGCCUGUCAUGCCCCUUCCACUUUAGUUUGUCUUUCUCAGAAGAUGAAGAAGACUUACAGCAACUGAGUUCAGCAUAAUGAAUAUCCAAAUCCUCCCCCAGUUCAUCAAAAUGGGGAGCUGGAGGAGUGAAGAUGAAUUAAGCUUUUGAAACAGAUCCUAAAGCUAUGUGAAAAACUACCACACUCCUUAUAAUAUUGGAAAUGUGAGCUCUCAAGAAGCAGACUAGCUGGUACUGAAAGCAACUUCAGCCCAUCUCUGUUGAAUGCCUUGGAUUUCCAACUCUUGGACCCCUUCUUGGCUUACCCACUUGGACUUUGUUCUGAGUUAAGGCUUCUUGACUUCAAACUGUUUAUCAUUGCAGAUUUCCUGUUUUGGCUUCUGAACUCUGCUACCCAUCACUGGAACCCUCAUUCCUCCGACUCAAAGAGGUCCCUUACCCUUUUGUGAAAGCAUUCACCUGAUAUCCAGAACCAUUCCUUGAGGUCUAGAACAGAAAUCAGUUAGGUUACCAUAGGAGGCCAGCUCUACCCCUAUGCAGUGUGCUGCUGGAAAACAGAUGAAGCUCCUGCCCCACUCUGCUGGUUGCAAACAGGUUAAUACUGUUGCUUUCAUACUACUGGUUUUCAAUGAGUGUAUUUAUAAGGCUGAAUUAGCACAAUAGCUGUACGCACACAUCUCAUUAUUUCUUCUCCCGUGUACCAAGCAUAUCCAGCUUCUUCAUGUUAUGCAAUAUAUCCCCCAUGCUGCCCAAUUAUUAUAGGAGACCAACUGUUUGUGCUAGUGAGUAGUGAGGUUUUUUAGCAGCUAUUUAAAAGUUUUGGAUGACUCUUACCGAUGAAUUAUUUUUGUUUCUUAUUUCUUUUAAAUAUCAAGUGGGAGAGGGCCAUUUUAAGUUCCUGUUUACUUCAGGUUCAGAGUAGUGCAUGUAUACUAAAGUUAUAAAUUCCAGGCAACCAUUGCUGUUUGCCUGCAUUUAGAUGAAUUUACUCUGAAUGAAGUAGCUUCGGGAAAUGUUUGCUGGGAACAUUGCUAUGUUACAAAUAGAUGAAAAUUUAGACCUUUGUAAUGUCUCCAAAACAGGGAAAUCCUCAUAUAUUUGAAGUUUUGUGCAGACCAUUUCACUGGUUGUUUCUGCUGCUACAUCGAGAAGGUCAGUCCUAAACAUACCUAAAGGAUGCACAACCUAUUAAUACCAAUGGCCCCUCCAAGGACUGUAUUUAGGAUCUGUAUUUAGGCUGUUCUAGAAACGUUGAUAUUAUUAUUAUUGUUAUUAUUAUUAAGAGCAUUUCUAUCCCAUCCUUGUCACCUCCAAAGAGGGACUCAGGAUGGCUACCAACAGGCACCAUUCAGUGCCAAACAAUACACAACAUAAUAUACACUUUAACUACAGUAAAAACAGUCAUAAAUACAUUAAAACAAUUUGCCAUAUCAUGCCAUCCUCCAAAUCAAUCCAUAGCCAUCAGUUCAACAGUCUGUUAAACCCAUAUUCAAUCCAUUGCCGUCAGCUAAAAACAGUCAGUUAAAACCAUCUAUUCUGCAAAUGCUUGAUCCCAUAACCAGGGUCUGAGCUUCUUCUGGAAGGUCAUGAGGAAGGGGGCAAAUCUAAUCUCGUUAGGGAGGGCAUUCCACAGCUGAGGGGCCACCAACCUAUCUCUCGUUCCCACCAAUCGUGACUGUGAUGGCGGUGGGACUGAGAGCAGGGUCCCUCCAGACGAUAGCCUCUGAGAAUUCACAGAGAAAAUCAAGAUUCACAUGGCCAAGCAACAUCAGAGUGUGGUGAAGACAGUAAAAGUUAUUAGUGAAGAAGAAAACACAAGCUGGGUGAGGCAGCAGCAGUUUUCUUUUGCCUGGUUGAUUAGAAGAGUGAAAUUAUGCCCUCCUCUCCCCCUACUGAGUUGAUUAAAUGCAUCCAGUUUUUGUAUUUUAAACUCAAUUUGCAGCAGUUGAAGUAAGCUGAGGAAGUAGAAAGAGGAGAGAGAAACUGGGAGAAAGUGGGACAAAUUUGGGGAUCAUGAAGCAUUCCUCACAUUUACCACAAGACACCUCUCAGCAUUUACACUGUGAGAAUCUGUGGAUACAGAGGGCCAGCUAUAAUUUUUUACAUAGUGGUUGAUUCACUUCUGUUUUUACCCUAUUUGGGUAGAUAUUAUUUAAUGGCAAUUCCCAUCACUUUUGAUAAUUCACCAUGCAGGCUGGGGAGCAUGGGAAUUGCAAUCCAAUCACAUUUAUGGUUCUGAGAUUAGGGAAAGGUUAUAGGACAUUUUAAAGAAGGCCCUCUCUCUCGUCCCCACCAACCAUGCUUGAGAUGAUGGUGGGACUGAAAGAAGGGCCUCCCCAGCAGAUCUAAAUGCCCACACUGGUUCGUAGAAGGAAAUGCGGUCUUGAAGAUAGGUUGGACCCAAAGUGCAUAGGGCUUUAUAGGUAAUCACCGGCACUUUGAAUUGGGCCCGGAAACUUAUCAGGAGCCAGUGGAGCUGCUUUAAAGGGGGUGGUAUGCCUCCUAAAGCUCGUCCCAGUUAAUAAUAAAUAUCUGUCAUUACUAAGCAAUGGACAAAUGAAAACUACAAGUGUUACCCUGUUUGGGCCCAGAGUUGUGAUGGAGAAUUAAGGAAGAUCCUAUAAAUAAAGUGGAAACAGGAUGUAGAAAGCACAGUCAUAGAUACGUAUCACAGAGAAGGCUUACUCCAGAACCCAAGUUCUGAAUAAGGUUAGAUGUAGGGAAGCUACAGAGUGAAAGAAAGGUAAGUAGGGCAGGUGAGAAUACUGAAAAACUACCAGAGAGGGAGAACCAGGGGUAGGAGAGUUGAUUAUCAAGGUAUAACCCAAACUCUGAAAGCAUUUAGAAUCAACUGGGUAGAGCUUCUACCUCUUUCCCCCACUUUAACUUAGAAUAGAUAAAACAAGGUGGGCCCAGGAAUGGCAAAUAUACAGGAUGACAGCACAACAAAACACAAUUAUUGAUUCAGUGACACAUUUCAGCAGUCUUCCUCCAUGGAAAUUAUUCAGCAGCCAAGCAAAUGGAAGUUGCACCUCCUUAUAUCAAUAAUAAAGCAUGCAAACAAUCACUGUGAUUCAGUCACAAUUACAGCACCUUACUGCUCUUGCCUGUGCAAUUUAUUUUUACAAAGGUCAUAAUUACACAGUUUUGAAGGGACGCAGUUUGGUUCAUUCUGACAAAAAAAUAAUAGAAAUAGAAAAGACUUUUACAAGCCUACAUACGAAACCUCUUGGAUAAUGGCCAUUGACUAGAACAUAGGUAUAAAGGGCUCCAAAACAAAAAGACAAAUAAGCAAAAAGUCAUAUAUGGUAAAACCUUAUAAUAAGGGUAGGGGAAGAUUUUAUUAAGCAUUGUAACUGACUUAAACUGAAAUGUAACAUGAAUAGUACAGCUAUGGAAAAUUAUGAGGUUUUGGAGUAAAGAGGGUAAUUUUGAGGCAAAAACUCUACCUGAUUUUUUUAUCGUGUCAGAAGCGACUUGAGAGAUUGCAAGUUGCUUCUGGUGUGAGAAAAUUGGCCAUCUGCAGAGACGUUGCCCAGGGGAGGUCAAGAUGUUUUUACCUCCCGUGGGAGGCUUCUCUCAUGUCCCAGCAUGUGAGGUUGACAGAUGAGAGUUCACCCUGUCUCACAGAUUCAAACCACUGACCUUUGGGUCAGCAGUUCAGCUGGCACAAGUGUUUACCCAUUGCCUCACCAUGGCUCCUGAAAAUAAAACGUAAUUAGGAUGUGUGCAAGGAAGGCUGAAUUUGAAAACAACUUGUUCAAACUGUCUGCUAUAGAAAUUCUGAUUUGAUGACUUUGUCUCACAAAAAUAGAACCAAAAUCAAGGAACUUUUUCAUAACAUACAGUAGAGGGCCAUAUUUUCCUAGAUGGCAGCUGUAAAAGCUUAAGAGCAUCAUAAAUUAAGCUUUGCGUGUUUUGUGUAAAGCUACUGUAAGAUAAAUAGAUUUAAAUAUAUAGCAUAUUGUAUUAACAAAUGUAAGCUAGUGAUGAAUAGUAUAAUUAGUGCUGUUGUGCAUCAAAAGGUUGGUUUUAUAAAGCACUUUAGAACAAGCAAGUUCAAAAAAAAAUUCAGGUCCAAUCUGAAACACAUAUUGUGCCCGUUUCUCAUCAAUGUGGUUUCUGAAUUUGUAUGGAAGGAAAUCCUAUGCCAUUGUAGAGCCUGGAAACUCAUCCAACAUGUUAAUUUUUUAGAGCAGUAUUUGUAUUGGGAACUCUCUUACCUGCACAACCUACUCUCUAAAUGCAAGUCAACAAUGUCUUUAGUUAGGAGGUUCUCUAACUAGGUUGGUCCACACGAAACUAUGGAGAGCCUUUUACAGAACCAGAGCAAAAUAUUUUUGAGGGAUUGCCAUUCCAAGAAUGCUUGUUAACAAGCUUAGAGGCCAUGCUAGCUAAAAAAACAACAACUGGGAAUUGUAGUCCAAAAGAGAAACCUUUCUAAGUUCUUAAUAAAUCAUCCAAGGCUAGAUGAAUUGUACAGGGCAGGACUGUUUUGUAUGUUUCUUCCAUUUCUGCCUCAUAGCUCUGAACGAAAGUGCUUAACAUUCUAAUUAGCAACCAGUUUCUGGAGAAUGCUUUUCAAAAUAACCCCUGCCUCAAGGCAUUAUAAUAAAUCAUACUGCUGUGGAUGUCAUGCACGCUCAUCCUUCUUUCAAUGCGCAUGAGCAGUUUAGCACACCUGAGGACCCUGGAUUUGCCCAUAAGAAUCCAGUUGCUGACCUUUAUUGUUUGAGUUUAUGGUUUCAUCAUCUCAGUUUUGUUCCACUUAGAUCUUUUGAUUCCAUUCUUUCAUUGCUGCUGUUUUAGGAAAUAUACUAUGUACUAUAUACUAUGCACAUCAUCAUUGGUGCAAGUCUCUUCACUUUUCCAGUGGUUUGUGUGCUGUGCUCAUAAAAGUGAGCAAUUUGCACCAUUAUUUUUGACCAAAUUCUUAUCCCUAGAUAAACCUUUAAUAUUUGGGCACACACACUCCGUAAAAUACUUUCGACUUAGUUACCUGCUGCUUAGGGGCUUUUACAGCAUUUGUCCUUGCUGCUAAAGGGGUUGUGGUUGCACACAAAGUUAUGUGCAUUUGGUGUAUCUGUGGGCACACUGCAGAGACUGGGAAAGCGAUUUUCCAUGUUUUCGUUCACCGUCUAAGCUAGUGGAUUUCAACCUGUGGGUCCCCAGAUAUUUUGGCCUUCAGAAUUCCUAACAUCUGAUAAACUGGCUGGCAUUUCUGGGAGUUGUAGGCCAAAACACCUGGGCGCCCACAGGUUGAGAACCACGAGAGGUUGGUGACAGGGGCAGGGAUUUGCCCGCCGAGAAUCUGAGCUUCCAAGAAAGAAAAGUAAAGAAAGAAGGAAGGAAAGGUUCUGUAGUUUGGAAGAGCUGUUUUAUAACUUGAAAUGCAUACUGUUGGAAAUAUUGUGUAUUCUGUCAUAUUAAGAUAUUUGUAAUUUGUGUAUGGGCCAUUUACUGUGUUUGUUUGAUAUAUAUUGGUAUGUAUUUCUUAUUUCCUCAUGAGUUAAUAUUCUGUCAGUCCUAGAGCCUGAAAAAUGGAAAUACACGUACUUUGGGGAGGGUUGCCUUCAUUGUAGUCUGCCGUUAAACAUUAUUACAGCAGCUUAGGAAAUAUAGGGACAUCAAUGUAAUCAAUGGGAUUUAUUUUGGCAAUAACAGUAAGCUAACCGUGCCACUAUGUGUUGGUGAAUUAAAACUUCCACCAGCCUGACCAUCAUGGCCGAUUGUGAAGGACAAAUAGUACUAUGCACCAGCAAUAUCUGGAUGAUCACACCUUCUUGGCCCAGUUCUACAGUCUAGCCUUAAUUUACUGGUCCCUGAAACUUUGCAAGCUGCACGUUCCCUGAAUUUCUACAUUCUCUGCUCCAAGCAAAAGUGCACUGUGUGCAUUCAGAAAGGUCGCCUUGGUCAUUCAUUGGAGCCCUUGAAAAACAUAUGGCUUUGUGCUCCUGAGUCUAAGCUCCGUGUUACAAUAUUCAAACAAAACUCCAAUGUGAAGUGGCUUCUCCUUUCAUUUUAAUGGAUGGGCAACAGUAUUCUUCAAGUCCUUAUGGAUAAAGAGGUUCUUACUGAUAAAGAGUCUCGGCAUAACUUCCAACAUUUCACAAAUGAAACCAGGACAAAGUGGCACCACAAUGUGAUCAGGAUGACAAGAAUCUUCUUGCUUUAGCAAGAAUCUUCAGGGAAAGACAAGAUUUUGCCUCCCUGUCUUCUCCCCACAACUGAGUUAAUUAACUACUUUUGUACUUUUAAGUCAGUUUGCACCAAAUGGAGGAAGCAGAGGAGGAAGUGGGGAAAAUGUGUGGAAGAGGGAGAAACUGGGAUAUUUGAAACAUUGAGACGACUGAAAAAGUAAGGCAACAAGAUUAAUUGGAACUAAACGGUAUGGCUCUGUAUAUGUUCUAGAGUUUAGGCAUUUCAGUUUAGUCAAAUGGAAAAAAUUUAAAGAGUUCUCACCUUUCUCUUUUUUGUGAAGUAUCCCAACUAGCAUACAACUAGGUACAGGUUAAGGUUUCCCCUGACAUUAAGUCCAGUCAUAUCCGACUCAGGUUUGGUGUUCAUUUCCAUUUCUAAGCCGAAGAGCCAGCAUUGUUUGUAGACACCUCCAAGGUCAUGUGGCCAGCAUGACUGCAUGGAGCACCAUUACCUUCCCACCGGAGCAGUACCGAUUGAUCUACUCACAUUUGCAUGUUUUCGAACUGCUAGGUUGGCAGAAGCUGGGGAUAACAGUGGGAGCUCACACUGCUCCCCAGAUUCAAACCUACAACCUUUCGAUCAGAAAGCUCAGCAGCUCAGCGGCUUAACCCACUGUGCCACUGGGGGUACACCAGCCCUCCAUAUGAAUAAACCAUUUUUCAAUGGUUCAGUCAUCAUCCAUGAUUUGAAAACACCUCCCCACCCCCCAAAAAAUCCCAAAACUAUUUUAUAUAAGAGAUACUAUUUUACUAUGUCACUAUAACAAUGGGACUUAGGCAUUCAUAGAUUUUGGUAUCCCUGCACUUCCUUGGAACCAAAACUCAAUGGAUACACAAGGUCCACUGUAGCUAUCAUGAUGAAAUGCAACAGGUAGGAAAUAUUUGAUGAUAACCCAUUUUGAUGACCUGAAGCUGAAUUAUCCUUGUAGUUGCUUUGUGUACCUUCAAGUUAUUCAGACCUACGAUGGCCUCAAGGCCUAUUGUGGUUUUCUUGCUAAGAUCUGAUCAGAGAGCAUUUGCUUUCCUCUGAUGCUGAGAGAACGUGAUGUAUUGAAGGCCAAUGAAUGGGUUUCCAUGGCUGAGUGGAAAUUCAGACCCUGGUCUACCAGUGUCUUAGUCCAAAGCUCAAAUUACUACACCACAUGACUCUCCUGAAUUAUCCUACCAAAUGCAAUUCCUCUGGCUCAACUGGUUUGGGUUGUGAAGGGGACAAAAUUAGAUCUUAGUCUAUUUAUUUCCCUCUGUAUUUUCUGGAACCAAUUGAGUUUUAAACAGGACCAUUUCAACACAGGUAAUUUCUGGACUCUAGAAGGAGAAUCUUGGCACUAAACUUAAUCCCUUUUGGACCCUCUUCCAUUGAAACCAAUGAGAUUUAUUUGGGAACAAGCAUGUUUACAAUUGCAAAGGUGAUUUUUAUUUUCCAGUCUCAGGUUCCUGGUUAGCAGCUGAUUAAUCCAGUGAGGACACAUGGUUAGUAACAGCACUCAGACCCAAUUAAUGGGGUCAGCAUUUAUUGAAAAGAUGGACUUUUAUAUCCAAGUUGUGUAUAUGCAAUGCAAAUGAUUGUUUUUUAUUGAUAUGUGAAUUCUUAACUAAAAUAGAUAUCUCUCCCUCAGAGUUAUCGUCAAUAAUUGAGUAUUAGCCUUACAAAAACAUCACUAGCUGCCAACUUUAGAAGAUUUGUGCUUUUCCAAUAUAGUUUGCAUUUUAAAUGUUCGUUUUAGAUAUAUGAGCUGCUAAUACGAUUAGUGGGGCUAAAAAGUCAUCAGGUUACAAAAUAAAGGAUCUGAAUGAGCUGCGUAGUAUAAUAUUUGCAUUUUGCAACUAAAGAGACAAAGCUUAUUGGAUUUAGUAUUUGUUAGGUCUCAUUCAUGUGUGUAUGUGUGUGUGCUUUAUUUUUAACAUGUAAACUUGAAUAAUGUUUUGGUAGAAUGAAAUUUACCCAAUAGAGUGGGGAAAUAUUUGCAGGAAAUUAAAAGGUAACUUGGGUUAUUUCCUUCAUUUUGUUUUCUUUUUUAUGUAAUUGUCACUAGAAAGUAAUCAGUGAUGGAUAUAUAAGACACUGUCCCUGAUUUCUGUAAUUAGAAUUAGCUUUGAUAACAUUGUAUGGAAUAAAGCUGUGUGUGAUCAUGACUACCAA